AUGCAGUCCGCGCCUGUGGAGCAGCCGGCGGCGGCGGCAGCGGCGGCGGCAGCGGCAGCGGCGGCACAGGAGGCGUGCGACCUGGACUACCUGCUGACGUUCCUCCACUGGACGGGCACCAUGCGCCACCCGCGCGCCGGCCCGCUGGCCUCCCGCGCCUACCAAGCGGCCAACGCGGCCGUGACGCUGGCCUUCGUCUACUUCGUGUGCUCGCAGGCGGUCAUCCUCUUCCGCGGGGGGACGUCGGACUUGGACAGCUUCACGCUCACCCUCAGCCUCAUAGACACACAGGGCACGUGGCUGGUGCGCAUCAGGCACAUCGCCGCGCUCCAGCCUCAGUUCCACAGGCUCGCCUACCAGGUGGGCCGCGACUUUGGGCAGUUCGCCAGCGCGGAGGACGUGGCUUUUCUGCAGGCCGGCAGCCGGCGCAUGCGCAUUUUGAUGCUGCUCUACCUGGCCUUCGGGCUGGCCGAGUGCUGCGUGUGGCUGACGGCGCCCGCCAGCGAGACGGGCCUACCCUUCGUGCUGGCGCUGCCCUAUGACGUCACCCGGUCAGUCGCAUACGUCGCUACUGCAGUCUACUGCUGCUUCAUCACCCUACACACCAUUAUGGCCAACUUCGCCGCCGACGCGUUCAACGCCAGCCUUAUAGUCCAGCUGCGAAUGCAACUGACCCUGCUGAGCAGAAAUAUUAUCAACUGUAACAAUGUUACCGAGAAGCCAUACUCGUUGCUGGACAAAGCAGAGUCACUGGACGCUGUACGGCCGUGUCACCCUUUCAGUACCACUGAUGUCUACUACCGUCUGCAGAAGAACAUACUUCAUCAUCAAGCCAUUAUCAGGAAUGUUGAGCUGCUGCAGCGAUGUCUGGGCAGCAUUCUGCUGGGACAGAGUCUCUCCAUAGGUAUUUCUGUCUGCUUCCAACUCUACCAGGUCGCCAAGAACGCAGAGAGCCUCCAAGAUGCCGGAAAGUACAGCAGCUACCUGUUCACCAUGUUCGCCGAGCUCUUUGUCUACUGUUGGUUCGCAGAUGACUUGAUUUCAGAGAGCGAGAACGUGGCGCAGGCGGCGUACGACGCGGUUCCAUCGCUGCUGGAGUGCCCCACGUCCAUCAAACGGUCGCUGCUUAUCCUGAUGCACCGAGCUCAACGGCCGCUGAGCCUCACAGCUGCGGGGCUCUUCCCGCUCUCCAGGGAGUCCUUCGUGUCGAUUGUCAACGUCUCCUACUCAUUCUUCGCCAUCCUUCGUAAUUUUAAAGAAGAUUAGAAACUCUUCACUGUUUGGAAAACUGUUCCCGAAAGUCACCAGUUUGCUGGUCAUGCCACUGAGAAUGCACUUUCUCUUUUUUA